AUGAGUAAAGAAUCAAAGAUGACUAGGGAAGUGUACGACACAGUGUUACUUACAGCAGGAGCAGUUGGUAUAUCAAUGGCAUCAAAGAAACUAUUGAAAGAACCAUUAGGUACCCCAGAGAAUGUAAAAGGAAUGGCAAAGUUAGCUAUUUCAGUUAGUCUUUCAUCUCUACUGGUCUCUUACUUGAAAGAAAAGAAAUAUCUACCAGAUGAUCCAUUCAAAACCUAGGUAAGACUAUACAAUGGCGGGAGCAGUAGCAGGAGGACUCUUUAAUGCAUUUGCAUUUGCGGGAGCAGGAUACUUAUUUAAAAUGUUUGACAAGAAUGGAUAUGCUGAGGAAGCUCAUAGACAUAACAAAGCAAUGGAAAACCUAACGGCUGAAAGAGAAAAGUACCUUGAAGAAGUCACUGAUAGGAGAAAUAGAAUCGCUCAGCUAAAGUCAGAACUAGCUGAGGCAAAUAGUAAUAUCAAGUCAACGAACCAGUCACUAGAACUC